GUUACCAAAAAUAAUAAGAAAGGAAGCAGCGCGAACAAACGGGAAAGCAGAAGAACUGAAUAAGAAUCAAAAGAGAGAAGAAGCAAGAGUGCAGAAAACCCUAGAACCUCAAAUGGCGGAAAAAUUAGCCCCCGAAAAACGUCACAGCUUUAUCCACAACGGUGAAAAGGUGUUCGAGUGGGAUCAAACCCUCGACGAGGUCAAUAUUUACAUAAAUCUUCCUCCCAACGUCCAUUCCAAGCAAUUCUACUGUAAGAUUCAGUCCAAGCACCUCGAACUUGGCAUCAAAGGCAAUCCCCCCUAUCUCAACCAUGAUCUCCCUUGCCCAGUGAAGACAGAUUCUUCUUUUUGGACCCUAGAGGAUGAUAUAAUGCAUAUAACACUGCAGAAGAGAGAUAAAGGCCAGACAUGGGCUUCUCCAAUAUUAGGUCAGGGUCAGUUGGACCCUUACUCUACUGAUCUUGAACAGAAACGUCUCAUGCUUCAGAGAUUUCAAGAGGAGAUUUUAAUAGUUCAGAUUAUGAUGAUCUUAUUGCAUUAUUCAAGCCACUACUCAAGAUUCUGUUGUGCCUUCCUGCAGAAUCCAGGUUUUGAUUUUUCACAAGCUCAAUUUUCUGGAAACUGUCCUGAUCCAAGGACCUUCAUGGGUGGAAUACGAUCAGAUUAAUGAUCUUAGAUGCUGUUAUGUGUAUUUGUCUGCUCUAAUAUGAUAUGAUCAGAUGGUAAUAAUGUGAUAUUUGUCGACUAAUUUGAUGUCGUGUAAUUGAGGCAGUCUUGAUGCACUUCCUCUAAUGAAUGAUGACUAACUAUAUUGAGUCGUGGUGACUCUUGGGCAUAUAAGUAUGUAUAUAAAACAUGGAGCAUUUCUAUAACUGAAGGUAUUUUAAAGUCUUAUGCGGAUUACCAAACCA